AUGAAGUGCUACUUCCGCGUCGGCAAGCCGAACCUGUGCAAGAACGUCGUGCGCGCCGUCACGAGCGACCCGAAGACGCCGCCUGUCGAGCAGGCCCCGAUCGGAGACCAGGUCACCUGGCGCUUCUACAUCGGCAUGCUGGCGUUCCUGGCUGGCGAGGACGCGCGCGCCGCAACCGAGCUGGAGUGGGCCUUCCUCCACUGCCCCGCCUCGAGUAAGCGGAACCAGGAGCUGAUCCUCACCUUCCUCAUCCCGCUUCACCUGCUGCGCGGCAGUCUGCCGAGUGCGAAACUGCUGGCCCGCUUCCCGCGCCUGCAGGAGACAUAUGGCCCCUUCGUCGACGCCAUCCGGACAGGCUCAGUCCAGGCAUACGACGAGGCGCUGGAGCGCGCCCAGCCCCGCCUCGUGAGCAUGAACACAUACCUCGCCGUCGAGCGUGCGAGGGAGAUCUGCCUCCGCACCCUAUUCCGGAGAGCGUGGGCGGCAAGCGAUCGUAACUCGCGCAUUCCGAUUAGCACGUUCCGCAAGGCGCUCGAGCUGCAGCGCGUAGAGGUCGACAAUGACGAGGUCGAGUGCAUGGUCGCCAAUAUGAUCUUCCGUGGAUUCAUCAGGGGUUACAUCUCGCAUGAGAGGCAGACGAUCGUCCUCGCCAAGACGAACGCCUUCCCUGCCCUCUCAUCCAUUCCCCGGUGA